AUGGCGUCCGAAUCUAGACUAUAUUCAUUCUCUGGCGAGACAAAAGAGCAUCUUCGCAAGUUCCGCCUGUCAACCUCCCGCGCCAAGGACCCCCAGGCCGUCAUUUACUUGGUCGACAAAAACACGCACGAAAUCCGUCAGGACGACGACAAGACAGUAUACAGCUCACUUGAGGAUAUUGGCGAGGAUCUUCCCGAUCACUCGCCUCGUUUUGUGCUGCUGAGCUAUCCCCUAACACUCAGCGAUGGCCGAGCCUCGGUGCCCUACGUUCUGCUGUACUAUCUUCCUGAUACCUGCAAUGCGGAAAUGAGAAUGAUUUACGCUGGUGCCAAGGAGCUUAUGCGGAGUACCAGCGAGGCAGGUCGCGUCAUUGACCUGGAAUCAAUCGAAGAACUCGAAAAUAUACCCAAAAAACUAGCCUCUGACUGA